AGGGGGCGGGGCGCGCGUCGCGGCGGGUGGCAGCUGGCGGGCCAACGGCUCGAUGGAGCGCUACGCCAGCGCACUGGAGGAGUCAGCGGAUGGCACCCGACAGCAAGAGCGGCACUACCAGCUGCUGUCUGCGCUGCAGAGCCUGGUGAAGGAACUUCCCAGUUCCUUUCAGCAGCGCCUGUCCUACACCACACUCAGUGACCUGGCGCUGGCGCUUCUCGACGGCACUGUGUUCGAGAUUGUUCAGGGACUGCUGGAGAUCCAGCACCUCACCGAGAAGAGCCUGUACAACCAGCGCCUGCGGCUGCAGAACGAGCACCGAGUGCUCAGGCAGGCUCUGCGGCAGAAGCACCUGGAGGCCCAGCAGGCCUGCCGGCCCCACAACCUGCCAGUGCUCCAGGCUGCUCAGCAACGCGAGCUGGAGGCAGUGGAACAUCGGAUCCGGGAGGAACAGCAGGCAAUGGACCGGAAGAUCGUCCUGGAGCUGGACCGGAAGGUGGCUGACCAGCAGAGCACACUCGAGAAGGCAGGAGUAGCUGGCUUCUAUGUGACCACCAACCCACAGGAGCUGACGUUACAGAUGAACCUGCUGGAACUCAUCCGGAAGCUGCAGCAGAGAGGCUGCCAGUCUGGGAAGACAAUCCUAUGACCAGGUGGGAUUGCUGCUGGCCACCUCUGCCCAGCCUGGCUGUGAAUGCAGUUGUAUCCACUGUUACCAGAAAGCUGGACAGUUUGUUUUCCUGAUAUUUGGCCACUGACUCAGCUGCCAGCAGGCAUUAACCUUCUGCAGAGAGGCUGGGUGGCCCUGACUCCAACUGUCACCCACCUCUGUCUGGAGUUUUUUGGUCCAAGCACUGACAUGGUGUCAUGAAAAGGGAGGCGCAGCCCACAAGCUAUCUGCCCCAGGAUCAGGUGGAGAUGGGACUGUUAGUUCUCGCACCUUCCCACUAGGUGGGCACAUCUCCACCUCUCUAGAUCUCUGGCUUUGUCCUCACUUUUGUCUUGCCCCCUCCCUCAGCAGCUGCUCCUGCCCCCCAACAGAAGGGGCUGUGAGGCCCAGGCCAUGUGACUCAGAGAAAUAAAAAUACACAUGGCUUACA